AGAGGAGUGUGAAAAAGGCUUCAAAUGUAGGGUGAUGGAACUACUUCAGCCUUAUUUCCUACGAGAGGUUGUUUGUACGUUCUAUUACCUGACUUAAAUUAAAUGCGGCUUUGGCGGCCGUGUAUCGAUUCUCAGAGGCGUGCUGCAGUUUGUCUCAGGCUGCCAACCCAGCCAUGGUCGUGGAACCUGCAGGACGUCAGCAGCUCAGCCUCUGAGCAGGAGAGGAGAGGAGAGGGAGGGAGGGUAGAUAAAUAAGCCCAUAAAGGAUGCUUUGAGUCAGGCAGAGAGGUGGAAAAGGGGGGGGGGGGGUGCUCCGGUCAAACAGUCCCCAGGCUUGUUGGAGGUUGCUGGCUGCAUUGCAGAGAGAUAGGGAGCUAGCUGGGGUGUCCAGAGAAGGGAGGGGGGGUAAGAGGCAAGGGGAGAGUGGGGUUUAAAGGAGACAGCGAGAGGAGCUGUGGAGGAGAGGCUCAGCAGUGUCGGUCUGCCAGCCAGCCAGCCAGCCAGCUAGGCGGGAGAGAGUGACAGAGGAGGAGAACGGGAGAAGGAUUUAGGCUCUGCUGCAAACAGGGGAUGUAGAGACGAGCUGAUACUGCAGCGCAGGACAGAGGAAGAGGGGGUGAGGAAAACUAGGGGUGAUUCAUUGCAGGGGGCGAAGGAGAAAUCAGAGGACGACACAGAGUUAAAGCUCCCCACUUUGGCCCUUAAUCUUCACCUCCACUAUCAGUUUGGCUCCAUGCUGGAGAGGAUGGAGAGCACCAGAGGCAGAGACCAGACCAGCUGCUGCCCCCAACCUGUAAUCUACAGAUGUAAGACUGCGCCAGCAUCAGCUGCUGGCUGAGCACCUCUGAUCACAUCUCAGCUGGGGGGGCUUCAUGCCCUGGGACAGUCCUGGGAGAUAGAGGGAGGAGGUGGUGGAGGAGGAGCAGGCAGUGGGGAGGCUGGCUCAGAGAAGUGGUGGAGGGUGGUGGUUUAAGCUGCCUGCUGUAUUUUUGGAUGUGGGAUCUCCUGAAUUAAGCAAGCAAGCUGGAAUAAAGAUGUAGUGUGAGCUGGUGGAAGGAGGGGGACAGAACAAGGAGAGUGCUGUGCUGAGGAGAGGAGAGGGCUGGACGUCCCGGCUCGACGGACGGACCAGACGGACGGAGAUCUGGGGGAAGUCCUGAGGGGGAGACGGAGACGGAGGGUCCACUGGAUCAGGAAGAUGCCCUCUCGCUGCAGGAAUGCGCUGAACAUCGUGGUCACCACCCUUUUUGCUGCGGUGGUCCUCUUCACCAUCCUGCUGGCCUAUGUCACAGGCUACCAGUUCAUCCACACUGAGCAGCACCACCUCUCCUUUGGCCUCUAUGGUGCCUUUCUCUCCCUCCACCUCUUCCUCCAGAGCCUUUUCGCCUUCCUGGAGCAUCGGCGGAUGAGGAGCCCCGGCCGGCCUCAGCACCUCCGUCGUUCUGUGGCCCUCUGCAUCGCCGCCUACCAGGAGGACCCAGACUACCUGAGGAAGUGCCUGCGCAGCGUCCGCCGAAUCUCCUUUCCUGGCCUGAAGGUGGUGCUGGUGGUGGAUGGUAACCGGCCUGAGGACCGCUACAUGAUGGACAUUUUCCAGGAGGUGAUGGGUGGGGCAGACCAGGCUGGCAGUAUGGUGUGGAAAGGAAACUACCACAGCGAUGGCAGUGGAGGAGGUGGUGUCGGAGAUGGAGGGAGGAGCACAGUGCAUAUGGAGGAGGCAGCGCGAGUGGCUCGGUUGGUCAGAAGCUGUCGCUACUCCUGUAUCAUGCAGGAGUGGGGAGGGAAAAGGGAGGUGAUGUACACUGCCUUUAAAGCACUGGGGGACAGUGUGGAUUAUGUGCAGGUGUGCGACUCGGACACAGUUUUAGACCCAGCAUGUACCAUAGAAAUGCUGAAGAUUCUUGAGGAAGAUCCGAUGGUGGGAGGGGUCGGUGGAGAUGUGCAGAUCCUUAACAAGUAUGACUCGUGGAUCUCCUUCCUCAGCAGCGUGCGCUACUGGAUGGCCUUCAAUAUUGAGCGAGCCUGCCAGUCCUACUUUGGAUGCGUCCAGUGUAUCAGUGGCCCUCUGGGGAUGUACAGGAGCUCCUUGCUCCAGCGUUUCCUGGAGCCCUGGUACCACCAGACCUUCCUAGGUUCUAAGUGCAGCUUCGGCGAUGACCGCCACCUCACCAAUCGGGUGCUCAGCUUCGGCUACAAGACAAAAUUCACAGCGCGAUCACAGUGCCAGACUGAGACGCCGACCCAGUAUCUGCGUUGGCUCAACCAGCAGACUCGAUGGAGCAAGUCUUACUUCCGUGAGUGGCUCUACAACGCCCUGUGGUUCCACAAGCACAGCCUCUGGAUGACCUAUGAGUCUGUGGUCACUGGCUUCUUCCCCUUCUUCUUGGUUGCCACGGUCAUUCAUCUUUUCUACCGUGGAAGGCUGUGGAACAUCCUGCUCUUCUUAUUGACAGUCCAGCUGGUUGGGAUGGUGAAGGCCACCUACGCCUGUUUCCUGCGUGGAAGCCUGGUCAUGAUCUUCAUGUCACUCUACUCUCUGCUCUACAUGUCCAGCUUGCUACCUGCCAAAAUAUUUGCCUUGCUCACAAUCAACAAGGCUGGAUGGGGCACUUCAGGCCGCAGGAAGAUCGUUGUCAACUUCAUUGGUGCCGUGCCUGUCACGGUGUGGGCUAUGGUGCUGCUCGGAGGUGUGGCAUAUACAAUCUACUGUGAAACACAGGAGCCAUUCAGUGAGACAGAGAAAGCCUUGUUGAUAGCAGGGACGAUACUCUACGCCUGCUACUGGCUCAUUCUACUGGUGCUGUACCUGGCAAUUGUAGCCAAACGGUGUAACAAGAGGGAAGAGCAGUAUCACCUGCCAUAUGCGGAGGCAUAAACCUGUUGCCAAACUGGGAGGACUUUUGCUCUGAUGAUUCUAACAAGGUCUUUGCUGACCCUGUGAACUGCUCGAGUGAUGAGCUGUGAACCAGGAACACACUCACAUCUUCAUCACUGGUGCUAAAAAGUUGUGAAUCUGAAAUUGGAGCAGGAUUCUAAUCCAGUUGGUGGAGACUCAGAGAGAUGACUGGAUCCAUACAGCUCUCCUAUUUAUAUCAUGCUCUAUGGUGCUUCACAAUGAAAACCAAACAGAACUGCUCCAGUUUAUAAAGUGUUGACACAGUUGUAAGAGUGACAUGCUCAGAAUAACAUUAGGUAGUUUAUGGGUACAGGUUAGCUUUAAAACUGUGACAAAAGGUGCAGUACGGUGCUUUUUGCUUUGAAUAUAAAGCAGAAGAUGGACAAGAUAAGACUAAGAGACAAAAAGGUCUUAAUGUUGGUCAGUUUUUCAUGUCAUUUUAAUAAAGAUGAGAUGGGAUAAA